AUGCUGCUCAAGUCUACUGUUCAAAACAUCAGGCCUCAAGUCGAAGCUGCUCAAACGAUAUCCGAGACUAAAAAAGAUGAAACUUCUUCCGAUGCUGGUUCAACAGCUCCUGAAGGCGAGAUUGAAAGAUCAGAAGAAGCUCCUGAGUCUUUAGAACUAUCCGAAACAGAGAAAGGAAACAUCGAUAAAAUUCUGACACUUCUGGACGAAAUUCGAGACCCCUUCCAAGGCCAAUCUACUCCCGCAAUGAUCGGCAUGGAGUACGAAGGGCAACUAAUGAUCGUCUAA